CAUUCACCCUGAACUCUUCCUCACGCCCCACACCCAUUCUACUACAUCUGAUUGGCUCUGCCCCCAGAAUCUAUUUUUUGGAUUUCCUCCUUCCUUUUACCCGCCUGACCUCUGACUUGGCUUUCUGUUGCCCCCUCCUUGUUCCUGUUGUUCUGACCUUACAUCAUUGUCGACUACUGCUGCUGCACUGUGAGCGGAAACAGUGGCUUGAGACAGCCACUGUCUUGUUGUAGCACAUGACUGUGGGUAGUGAAUUAACUGCAGGGCAGGACAGGGCUAAAAUGUACAUGACACAGGAGGAAACUGAGUCACAGAGGACACCAGGCACAUGAUGAGACUGAAAUCAAGGACCCUUAGAAGUAUUUCUGUCAAGUUUUCUGGACUCCCCUGGGACAGCUGGCUCUGUCUCUGCAUGUGGCUCUCUCCUGUCACCUUGUAAACAUGGGAUCACACACUUCUCUUGGGAUAGGGCUUGGCAUGGAACUGCAGCUUGGCACAUGACUCCAGAACCAUUGGUCUUAUCUCAAGGACUGAGUGCACUCUAGCAGUGGGCAGGGUCAGAAAGGGAGGAACAUUGGGGACCCCUCGGACCUGACACUAAGAGCUCUCCUCUGCUACCUCCCACUAACCCAUGGGGUUAAGCCCUUGAGAUCACAGUUGUUCUAGUGCAGCCUCACCAGCCAGACUUGCCCUCCCAACUUACCUAAAGUGGGCUUGGAGAGUGUCAGUCUGGACAGAUCACAGUCUACCCAUGAUCUGGCUCACCUCGCCAUCUUCCAAGUCCCUAAGUCAUACCUGUCUGGUUGUUCCCUCUGUCUUCAGGCCUUUGCCUGUAGAAGGCCUGGACCACAGAGAUGCCCAUUGCUCAGAUGGAGAAAUUGCCAACCUCCCCUUCCUCCUUACAAAGUUUCUCAGGCCUUCCUCUCUCACCAGCUUGUCUCCAAGGAGGAGUCGGCAUGUGAAGGAAAACAGGGAAAGACAGGGACAGCUCCAAGAGAUUUAAGGCAGAAGGCUAGCUGGUGACAGUUGGGAGCCUGUGGGAAGUGGGUGUGACAGACAGAGCCAUGAAUAGUGCUGAGGGAAAAUCACUUGUGGGUAAGCAGGGACCAUAGAGAUUAAAACUUGGACAUGCCCCAGGAUUCAGUAGGGCCUCUGGAACUUCAGCCUUCAGCCCACUGACCAAGGGGUUACCCCAGGGACCCAGCACCCAGGACUUAUACGUACACAUAUGCUUACUUUCACAAUACAAACAUAAUGUACAUUUGACCUAUACUCACAUUCUGUCAUGUAGCACAGGUUUCCACUUCACACGCAGAACUUCCAAGGAGUGGCUUUGACUUCCAGGACCCAACCUGGGGACCUUAGUGGGUCCUGGAAGCCUGGCUCCAAAUGUGUCAUAUCCCUGACCUGAGGGACCAUGUUUCCAAAGGCCUGGAGUGACAUAGACAGAAAUCAGUUGUAGUUUUACAUUCCACGUCCUGACUUGACUUUUUUUUUCUGUCAAAAUAUUUUCAUUUAUUUUGUACAUAUUUCUUUUAAGUUUUUUUCAUCUUUAUUAACUUGGGUAUUUCUUAUUUACAUUUCGAUUGUUAUUCCCUUUCCCAGUUUCCAGGCCAACAUCCCCCUAACCCCUUCCUCUCCCCUUCUCUGAGGGUGUUCCCCUCCCCAUCCUCCCCCCAUUACCACCCUCCCCCCAACAAUCACGUUCACUGGGGGUUCAGUCUUGGCAGGACCAAGGGCUUCCCCUUCCACUGGUGCUCUUACUAUGCUAUUCAUUGCUACCUAUGAGGUUGGAGCCCAGGGCUGACUUGACUUUUAAAGGCUACCUUUGUGCAAAGUUUCAAUUACACCCAACUGUGAUUUGCAUCCAAGUAGGGAAUACCUUUGAUAACCCCCUAAGAAGAGGUAGCCGUCUGAUGGAAAGGCAUAGUUUUGAGACUCCAUACCCAAGGAACAGUGGCUUCUUUGCUAUGUGAACGGGCAGGUUCUCCAGGGAGUAUGGUGGGCUGUGGAAGGGAGUGGGGGAAAGAGAGAACAAGAAAAACUAGAGACUCAGGCAGUGGAGCCAGGCUAAGGGUGAGUCAUGUCACGGUCCCACCCAGAUCACAUUCACUCCUGGAGGGAGUGUGCCCUUUUUGUGAUAGGCCUUUUCAGGAGGUGUACUACCGGAGGAUCCAUACUACAGGGUCCAGACUAGAGGGUCAAGACUUAGAAUGUGGCCAGGGUCAGGGCUCAGCAUCUGGUCAUGAUCAGACUAAUAUAUGGACAUGGCUGGGACUCAGGGUGUGACCACAAUAUUGCCCUAUUUGGGGACCAGGGUCACCAGAAUGAGUGUUCAGUUUUGAGCUAAGGUCACCACAGAGUUAGGCCUGUGGUGAGGGGUGGGGCUACACAAAAGUCAUAGCCACAGUCUUCAGUAUCUGAGGUGAGGCCAUUAGGCCACCCUUUGGCCAGAGUUCCCACUCUGGGCACCACUGGUGUCUGAGGCUCAGUGGUUGUGCAAGGUGCUGGCAUUGUUAAGCAGAUCUUAACCUGUGCCUACUCUAUCCAUCCAGUGCCCCUGGGCUAAGACUAGCAGAACUGUCUCCAGGCAUCCAUAUGAAGACAGAAGCCUUGCUCUAUUCAACAACCACCACCUUAAGAGCAUUCGCUUCAUAUCAAACCCGAUCGACAAACAUUUACACACCUGUAAAUAUUUGGGGAAUGACUGGCCCCGUUCUAUCUGGUGCUGGGUACCCAUGCCUCCAAGUGCUGAGACAGAUAAGCAAGGUCUCCAGGAGCAGCCACCCCAGUGGGUGGGAGCCGACAGCCAUACAAGGACACAACCAAGCUGUGGGCACUUACAGCACUCCCUGGGUUGGCAGACCUGUGACAGAAAGGGAUGUUCCAAGAGGAAGUUCUAGGUGGACAGAAAGGAGGAAAUCGUCUCAGAGAGGGUACCCUUACCUUGUGUGACCCUGGGCAGAAUCUUGCCUCUCUCUUUCUCUCUGAGUCACAGGUUCUUUACAGCUAAAGGAGAGAAUUUCCAGUGAAAAGUGGCCAACCCAGAAUGCUAGAGAGUCUGGCAAGGGGGAUGACAGAGGGAUUGGAAGUAGAACCUGUGGGCUAGUCCGCGGUUACUGCAUAUGGUCCAGGCGUGUUGGGGCAUGGAAUGGUUCCCUGAGACUAGAGGGGAAUACUUUUUAGUCUCCUGUGUCUUAAGUGCUAGGAACCUUUAGGGUGAGGGAGUAACCAAGGCUCUAUCAGCACGGAUGAGAGAACAUCAGAGAGCAGAACACUGUCCCCAGUUGUGAGCAAAUAGAUGGUGGCCAUGACCAGCAUUUUUAACUGCUGGCACCUUGCCAGAACAAUCGUGUGCCCAGCAGUGUCACCCAGAAGGCAGAAGGCUGGGGAAUGUAGGUGAGCCUCAGGUUGAGACAACAAACAAGAGACCACACAUCAUCCCAAUGCCAAGAGCAACAGGAAGCACUGUUCUGUGGUCAGAGCUGCUUAGGGAAAACCAACCAACAAGAUCUGUGGCCUCUGCUAACAGAGAGGCAGCUGCUGCCACUACAACCCAUCCGUGAGGCUGCCUCAGGGAGAGAUGGCCUGGCCUCUAUCCCUCCCUGCUUUGUUCCGGGGACCUGUCACUGUUGACUGUGGGCAGCAGAGCCUUCCCUACCAGCUGAGACCAUAUAAAGCCUCUGGAGACACACUCCCAGGUGCUCACUGCAACCAUGAGGACUGUCCUCCUUCUCCUGCUGGCUGUCUACCUAACCCUGUCUCCAGGUGCCGCUCUGCAGUGCUAUUCAUGCACCGCACAGGUGAGCAACAGAGAUUGUCUGAAUGUACAGAACUGCACCCUGGACCAGAACAGCUGUUUUACAUCUCGUGUCCGGACCAUUGGACUCCUGACAUUUAUCAGUAAGGGCUGCAGCUCAAAGUGUGAGGAUGACACGGAGAACUACUAUGUGGGCAAGAAGAAUAUCACAUGCUGCUCCUCUGACCUGUGCAAUGUCAACGGGGCCCACACCCUGAAGCCACCCACCACCCUGGGGCUGCUGACUGUGCUCUGCAGCCUGUUGCUGUGGGGCUCCAGGGAUCUGUAGGCUCUAGGAGAGCCCUACUAUAGCCCUACUGUGCAGGGAUGUGCCCCACCCCCACCCCCACCCCCACCCCCACCCUCACCCUCACCCCAGGCGCACAACCACCACCAUGCUAACUCCCACACCCGACUGGCCUCCCACCAGUGGUCUCUCUCCUCUCCGCGGCUAUUUCUACAGCUAGUGCAUUGCCCACCCCACCCCACCCCAUCAGCACUGUGCCCUACCAGUUCUGAUCAGAUGCUUCUGCUGCAGGGCUCCCUCAACGCCCUACUCUCUAGGGCCUGAGCCAGAAUGCACAGCAGCACUUGGGGAGGGCCUGGUAACGGCUGGGAGGAGAUGGCCUGAGCAGAAAUGAAGCUAGGUGGGUGUGAGGUACCAGGAGUCCUAGGAGACAAUGCCUGGUAGGGGACACGCUCUACAUUUAUAGAGCUCUCUGAUACAAUCAUCCUGUAAUAAAUGCCUGUUGGGUAAGUGA